AUGCCUAUGCUCGCAGACCCCUCGAUAAAAUAUGAUGCGUUUCCUCCGGUGAAUCUUCCCAACCGCCAAUGGCCAUCGAAAACCAUGAAAAAGGCACCCAGAUGGCUUUCGACAGACUUGAGAGACGGCAACCAGUCUCUCCCCGACCCAAUGUCUUUCGAUGAAAAGAAGGCCUACUACCACAAGCUUGUAGACAUUGGCUACAAGGAAAUUGAAGUUUCGUUUCCCUCGGCAUCUCAAGUGGACUACGAUUUCACCCGAUAUGCCAUCGAACAUGCUCCGGAUGAUGUUUGGAUCCAGGUCUUGUCUCCGUGUCGUGAGGAGCUCAUCAAGAGAACCGUGGAGUCUUUGAAAGGAGCAAACAAGGCAACCGUCCACAUUUACUUGGCCACAUCCGACUGUUUCAGAAACGUUGUGUUCGGCUUGACGAAAGAACAGAGCAAGAAUUUGGCCGUUAAAUGUGCCGCGCUCGUCAGAUCUUUGACCAAAGAUGACCCGAGCCAAAGUGGCACCCAGUGGGCUUUUGAGUUUUCACCCGAGACUUUCUCCGACACAGACUUGGAUUACGCUCUUGAAGUGUGUGAGGCUGUGAAAGAAGCAUGGCAACCAUCGGAGGAGAACCCUAUUAUUUUCAACUUGCCGGCCACUGUUGAAAUGGCUACGCCAAACGUCUAUGCUGACCAGAUUGAGUAUUUCUCCACGCAUAUCUCCGAAAGAGAAAAAGUGUGCAUCUCUCUCCAUCCACACAAUGACAGAGGCUGCGCCGUUGCUGCGGCAGAGUUGGGCCAGCUUGCUGGUGCAGACAGAAUUGAAGGGUGUCUUUUCGGAAACGGAGAAAGAACAGGAAAUGUCGAUUUGGUCACCUUGGGUCUUAAUUUGUACUCGCAAGGAAUUUCUCCCAAGAUCGAUUUUUCCAACUUGGGUGAGAUUAUCGACAUUGUUGAGAGAUGCAACAAGAUUCCUGUUGCUGCCAGAGCCCCAUACGGUGGCUCUCUUGUCGUUUGUGCUUUCUCGGGAUCUCACCAGGAUGCCAUCAAAAAGGGAUUCAACCAAUACAACAAGCAAUUGAAGGAAUCCAAUGGUAAGCUGGUCAAGUGGAAAUUGCCCUACUUGCCGAUCGAUCCGGCCGAUAUUGGAAGAACGUAUGAGGCCAUUAUCAGAAUCAACUCGCAAUCCGGAAAAGGUGGUUCUGCCUGGGUUAUUUUGCGCAAUCUCGAGCUUGACCUUCCAAAGGGCUUGCAAGUUGACUUUUCGAAGUCCGUGCAAAAACAGGCCGAAAUCAAGGGUCAGGAGUUGACCAACGAGGAGCUUUGCGACUUGUUCAAGAAUGAGUACUUCAUCAAUUACGAGACCGAUGGCCACAACCAUCACUACAAGUUGCGUGACUACUCUCUUUCCAAGGCUGUGGAUGGCGCAAGAACAAUUGAAGUUGAGAUCGAGGUCGGCGGCCAGGUCAAGAAAAUCACCGGGUCCGGUAACGGUCCUAUCUCUGCAUUCUCGAAUGCAAUUCUGAAGGAUCUCGGAAUUUACAAUGACGUUUUGCACUAUCACGAGCAUUCGCUUGGCGCAGACUCUAACUCAAGAGCUGCGACUUAUAUCGAGGCUAAAUUGGAAGACGGCUCCACGAGAUGGGGUGUUGGUAUUCACGAGGAUGUGUCCCAGGCGUCGUUUUUGUCCUUGGUAUCGAUUUUGAAUAGCUUGCACGCACGUCAGAACAAGUAA